GCUGAGGAGAGGGUCCUGAAGAGGGUUCGGAGAAAGAUCCGGAACAAGCAGUCGGCUCAGGACAGCCGGCGGAGGAGGAAGGAUUACAUCGACGGGCUGGAGAGCAGGGCAGCAGCGUGCUCGGCGCAGAACAAGGAGCUGCAGCGCACCGUGGGUCAGCUGGAGAAACACAACAUGUCUCUGCUGGCUCACCUGCAGCAGCUCCAGUCUCUCAUCAAACACACCGUGAGCCGGGGAGCCCAGACCAGCACCUGCCUACUGAUCAUCCUGGUGUCUCUGGGUCUGAUCAUCCUGCCGAGUUUCAGUCCGUUCAGCCGAAACUCUUCUUCAGACGACGACUACAGGCCGACUGGAGUGAUUUCCAGGAACAUCCUGACGGAGCACCCAGCGGAGUCCGACUCCCCGUCAGCGACCUCUGACCCCGGGGAGUCAGCCGGACCGGAGGGCCCCGCCGUCCUCCAACAGCCAAUAGAAAGCCUCGGAAACCCAGGCUCCGAUGUGGCGGCUGCAGAGGGGAACCGCUCGGCGCCCGCCACCCCAGACCCUGCAAAACCUGCUCACGCUGACGAGAUGUAACACGAGGCUAGAGCACCAGGCCUGGACAGUUCAGGAGGCGAAUCCCCCAAUCGGGGGGUCGGGGGGGUUCGCUUCCCAAAACCCUGCAGUCACCGAGCCCCGAGGAGGAGUGCAUUAAGAGGGAGAUUAACAACAUUUUCUUAGUGGACAAACGGCGGUACUACAACUCACGUGACGUCAUUUGGCCCAAAGAGACAUUUUCCCAUUGACUCACAUUAGGAGAGAGACGUCUGCAAAUCAGUGGCGAUAUCUUCUUUUACUAAAUCAACUUCACAACACAAACACUUUUAGAUCAGUUAUUAGCUAGAGUCUAGCUGUCAGCUUAGUGAACCAGGAGAUGUUGAGGACCCCAAAGUUUUAUGAUAGAAAUGUAGAGUAGGGUCUCCAGCACAUAGAAACUGCCGGAUGCUAACCUGCAGAUGUUGGGACAUGUGGAUAAUUAGCAUAAGUUGUGUCAAUUAGCAUUAAUUUGGACAGUUUAGGAGUGGUGUUGGGGGUUAUUGAAGAUGCUGAAUCCAUUUCUGAUAUUUUCAGGAUCAAAAGUGUCAGUUUCAACCAGAAAGUGAUCAUAUCUGUUCUCUCUGUGGACUGAUUCUGGCUACCAUGAGUAGAGUUGGACCAUUGGAUAUAGAGAGCGCAAGAUGAACAUUAUUACCUCUGUGGACACUUUCUUAUCAAAUAAAUGAGCAAUCUGAGUCCCUUAAUCUUCAGAAUCGACCCAAAAUUGAUCAAAAUCAGGCCAGAGAGAGAAUUACAUGCUUUGCAAUAUUAGUCUUUUAACCCAAUCAGAGCAGACGUUGAUUUAGGAACACAGGUUGAAGCUGAAAGUACAUUUUGUGUAAUUUUAUGGAUGUAUUUUUAGUUUUAUCAGAAGAGGUUGUUGUCACAUUAAUAUAAUAUGUUUUAAAGCUCUUAAAGUAAUUUGGAUAUUUUAAAAUGGCUUUUUCUUUGUGAGAGGGAUUUAUUGAGUCUUAUUCUGGCUGUUUUUAAUUUAAUUUUAACCAAAAGUCCUCGUGGAUUAAUGUUUGAAUGUUGUUGCGUCACUAAGUGUUAAAUUAAUAUAUUUGAGUCCAUUGGAAUUACAGAAAAAUUACAGACCUGAGAAACGUUCAGAUAAAACCAUGCAAAGAGGGUUUAGUAUUAUAUGUUAACCCUGCAGUGGAGCGACUCCUCUCUAACAGCUUCGUGGUUCAUGAAUCGGCUCACGGGGUUAAUGAUUCAUUCAUUCUUCAUUAAAAGGGAACAACGAG